AUGAGGUCCAUCUCGAGACUUCCAGUCCGGGUGUUGACCCAUAACAUUCGAUAUGCCACCCCCUCUCCGUUUAAAGGGGAACGCCCGUGGCCGGAGCGCAAGCAAUUGCUGCUGACCGAGCUCCAGUACCACACUCGCCACUGUGGUGAAACCUUCAUUUGCCUGCAAGAAGUUCUUCACAACCAGCUCGUCGAUGUCCUGUCGGGGUUGAACCAAGGCACGGAUCCCAACGCGCCAGAGUGGGCCUACAUCGGCGUGGGCAGAGACGACGGUCUCGAGGCCGGCGAAUACUCCCCCAUCUUUUACCGGCCGGAUAUCUGGAGCUUGCAGCACUGGGAGACUAUGUGGCUGUCAGAGACGCCCAAAACCCCGUCCAAAGGCUGGGAUGCAGCGUCCAUCCGCAUCGUCACUAUUGGGGUCUUUGUUCAUCGUGCCAGUCACCGUGCUGUCCUCGCCAUGAACACACAUCUCGAUAAUGAGGGAUCUCGCGCGCGGUUCGAGUCUGCGCAUCUCAUCCGCAGGAAGAUUGGGGAGUAUCGGCGGAGUGAGAUGGGCCGAUUGAUUCGCGGCACCUUUCUCGCUGGUGACUUAAACAGCGAAGAGACGGAGGAGGCCUAUAUAGCACUAACUGAACCAGGAGGCUUGGUGGACACAUUCAAAUCGGUAGACCCUGCGCAGCGCUAUGGCAACCAGAAUACAUUCACGGGGUUCGGGUACCAGGAAGACCCCCGAACCGCAUCGACUACAUUCUUCUGGACUCGAGGGAGCCCACCUGGAGCGUGGACGGGUAUGCGGUGUUGA